UGGUCGCAUUCAGAAAAAGCAAGGCUGAAAUAAAACAAACCAGAAAGCAUCACAGUGCUGGGUGGAUAUUUACUAACCCAUGGUGGAGUACGGGUUCUGCUAAUCUUUUGUAGAUGCGUUCCCUUGGUCUUUAAGGACUUGGUGAAUGUUGGACUGCCAGUGCAUAUGCGGACUUUGCCCAGCGAGUUCGGGCUUCGUCGCCGAUUCUGGGUUUGUGGUUUCAGGAUGAGAGCAGACACCAGUGGAGCUGUCUGUUAUGAUCUGUGGAAGAACGUGAACGGUGACCUAAUAUGAGACACGGAAGAACAGCGUCGUCUUCAAAGCUGCAGGUGGCAAGCAAUGCACCUCAAAAUGACAGAGUCUAAGAAGCAGUCUUCAUGGGAGCAUGAUUGAGGGAGGAAGAGGCAAGAGAGACUGAGACAUAUGAGGAUACCAAUGACAGGAAUACUAAAGAUAAUUUCACAUGUAAAGGGAAGAUUGAGAAUUGAAAUCCUCCGCCAGUAACAUCUGGGACAAAACAUAGAUACAUUAAUAAUGGAGAAGAAAGAACGAAAACCAGGAUAUUUUGCCAGGCUGAAAAGGAGAAAGCAAAUAAAGCAGAAUUCAGAAAAUCCAUCUACUGAUGGCACUAGGCUUCCAGUUGGUCGGCUGAACAAGGAAACGAAAACCCAUUUAGAUUCCUCAAAAGCGUCCAGAGAGAACAAAGAAAACACUAAAGAUGAAAAUGCACAACAGAAGAACAAGAGAAAAGAGCUUGAAGUGCCUGAGUGGUCUGAACAGAAAAAAUGCUCUGCAGUUAAUAACAUUAGUCACAAUAAACAGAAUGAAAAGAGGAAAGAGAAGAAAAUGAGUAUAAAACAACCUUUGGGAACCAUGGAAUAUAUUGCUGGCCCUGAUGAUACUCUUAACUGUAUUGCAUUGAAGUUUAACAUUACCCCAAACAGACUUGUGGAAAUAAACCACCUUUUCUCUCAUACUAUUUGUCCAGGGCAGACUUUAUACGUGCCAGAUAAAACCCACACUUUGACUGAAUCAAAUCUAGCUUCACUUAGUCCUGGUAGUCCAACUUCAAGUUUAUCCUCUGAUACGGAGUAUGAUAAACUGUCGGAUGCAGAAUUGGCAAGAACGUCAUUAAAACCCAUUCACAGAUUGCUGUCUUCUGCAUCGGAAGAGGAAGAGCCCCUUACUGUGAAGUUCUUAAAAAUGAGCUGCAGAUACAUCACAGAUGGGAAGGGAGUGGUCGGUGGAGUCAUGAUUGUCACACCAAACAAUAUUAUGUUUGAUCCUCAUAAAUCGGAUCCGCUGGUGAUAGAAAAUGGCUGUGAAGAGUAUGGUCUUAUCUGCCCAAUGGAAGAAGUGGUCUCUAUUGCUCUAUACAAUGACAUUUCACAUAUGAAGAUUAAAGAUGCUCUACCAUCCGAUCUACCAAAGGAUCUUUGUCCCUUAUACAGGCCAGGAGAAUGGGAGGAUCUAUCGUCUGAACAAGACAUCAAUCCUUUUAGCCGAUUUAAAGCUAAGAGUAAAGAAAAGCAACUGACAUGCCUAGGAGAAACAGACAUCAGCGCAAAAAUGUCACCUUCAGAGGAAGAUUUCACAGUGUUGGGAACUCCUUUGCACCAGCAAACUAAAGUGAUUACUGAUCAUAAGACAGAUUGUAAACCUGAUGUUUUACAAGUAAAAAAAGACUUGGCCGUCUCAGUGGAUGCAGAUGUUGAUAUUAAGCAUAUUUUUGUAUCCCCCUCUACAUUUUUGGAAGUAGAAGGAACCAGAGCUGAGAAUGAACUUUUCAAGAAGCAGGAGAAAACUGAGGAAAUUAUAAAUGGUUCAAAAAAUACAGAGCAAAUCUUAUUAAAGGAAAAUAGUUUUCCAGAAGAAACAAGUAUAUUGGAAAAAGCAAAUACUGAUCUAACAGACAAGGUAGUUUUAGAUAGGUGUAAUAACAACCCUAUCUUAAACAAAUCUCUGAUUGAGGAUAAAGCCUCAGAACUCAGUAAAGAUCUACAGCAUUCUGCCAAAACCACCCUAGACGUCUCAGCCCAGAAUGGUUUAUGUGAUACAUUAAAUGAAGUGGAUCAUCUCCUUCUUUCCUCAUCAGAAAAAGAAAUUGAUAAUGAAUCUGAAAUGAAAUCCUCAUUACUUAAAAAGAUUCAAGGCCCAAUUGAAGAUAUGAUACCUUCAAAGGAACAGACGAGCAAAAAACCUCCCAUGUUCCUUUGUUUUAAAGUGGGAAAACCUAUGAGGAAGAGUUUUGCAGGUCUUAGCAGUGUGCCAAUGCAGCAUUAUAUAAGAAGGGGGAAACAGCCUGAAUAUUGGUUUGCUGUCCCACAAGAGAGAGUGGAUCACCUUUACACUUUUUUUGUUCAGUGGUCACCAGAGAUUUAUGGCAAGGAUGCCAAAGAGCAAGGCUUUAUUAUCGUGGAAAAGGAGGAACUUGACAUGAUAGACAAUUUUUUUAGUGACCCAGUCCCCAAAAGCUGGGAGAUUAUUACAAUAAAUGAGGCAAAGCGACGACAGAGCUGUGGGAGCUAUGAGGAUGAACAGCUGGAGGAUCUUCUUCCAGUCUUAAAGGACCAAAGUGCACUAUUAGAUGAUAUUCAUGUCGAAAAGUUGGCAGCACACCUGCCUGCAAGAACUCAAGGUUAUCCAUGGCGAUUGGCAUAUAGCACAGUACUACAUGGCACCAGCCUAAAAACUCUAUAUCGCAACAUGGCUGAGCUUGACAGUCCUGUAAUUCUAGUGAUCAAAGACAUGGACAAUCAGGUUUUUGGAGCUCUAGCAUCUUCCCCUUUCAGAAUAACUGAUCACUGUUAUGGGACAGGGGAAACAUUUUUAUUCACUUUUAACACAGACCUUAAGGUUUUCCAUUGGAGUGGUGAGGAUUCAUAUUUUAUUAAAGGAGAUAAGGAUUCAUUACAACUUGGAGCUGGAGGGGGGCAUUUUGGUUUGUGGCUGGAUGCCGAUUUAUGUCGAGGCUGCAGCAGUCCCUGUGAAACGUUCAACAAUGAAACUCUAUCAAAAAGAGAAGACUUUGUCAUUCAAGACCUGGAAAUUUGGACCUUUGACUGAAAACCAAUGUGAACAACUGAACUACCUUAGUCUUGUGCUUAAUUUAUACACCAAGGGCUAACAUUCGGCUGAGUUAAAGCACUAAAGGCUGCCUGCCCUUUCUAAUGCAGCAUCUUCAAUCCUGCCUUGCUCAUUGCAUGCUGUUGGUUGAUCGUAAGCUGCUUUAUAAAACCAAGUCCACAUUAUGUGAGAAAAGGAACCUCCUGCUGCAAAGGCAGAAGACUGUGCAGCUUCCUUUGUGCUGUGUUAUGGAACUGGUCUGACUGAGAGCUAAAGAGCUCAAGGACUGUUUUAGUUGAAGGGAGCCUUAUCUGCAGAAUUGUUGUUAAGCUUAUUAAAUAUUCAUUUGCUUUGUAUUGAUUUGUAAUGUAAUGCUGAACAAAUCUUGAGUAAGUUGCCUACAAAUUGAAUUGCUUAACAGCAGACAGGUAGAAGUGCACAAAAGUGUUCAAAACUGGAGAAAAAAACGAAUUGGCAUUCCAGGAGUGGCUAUCUGAAACUUUUGCUUCAUUUCCAUGCUGUGUGUCCGAAUGUGGCCUUUUUAGUACCCAGGGAACAAAGUUGGAUUAUUAUAAAGCUGAUAUUCAUAGACUGAAAAUGUAUUUGACUUAAUUUUAACCCUCAAAUGAGUAAACCAUAUUAAUUGUAUAGAUUUUUUCCCUUUUUUUUUUUUUUUUUAAACUGCAAUAUUUUUGACUUGUGUUCAUUCCAGUACAUUGUGUGAUCCAUGUGGCUUCUUUUUUUAUGAGAUUCGGAAUGGGCGAUCUUUCAGUGCUGGCACUGAAUUGUCUGACAUUUAGAUUUUUUGUUUUUGUUAGAAUUCAUGUUUUUUAUAUUUUAAAUGAAAGUUGGCCUGAUUUAACCCAGUGGGUAAAUAAGUAGGAUCCUAAUUCUGUGUACAAUAAUUCUUGGCUUGAAAAGAAAGUAUAUUGAAAUGUGAAACUACCUGAAGGCAAGGCUAUGACCAGAAGGAAAAACACACUAAAAGGCAAAAAAAAAAAAAAAAUCGCUCAGUGUUUUUUUUGUUAUCUUAAGCUUGGAUCAAGCAUGAUACAGGGUAUCUCACUGCAAGCUGGUUUUAUAAUUAAGUAAAAAAAAAUAUAAAUGAACAUUUUGAGCUAACAUUGUUUUUAAAAUGUGUCACAUGUUAAAAGCAAGGUGCUCCAUUGGAUAUUUGUUAUUUGUUCUAGUGACAAAACAUCCCAUUUCCCUGCUUUAGCAGCACUGAUAAUUGGCUCUUCUGAUGUUCCAAUCUUUCUUUAUCAUCAUGUAAAGAGAAUCCAUUUUUUAUUCCAUAUUUACAACUACAUUUAAACGAUUGCUACUACUAUAUAAUGGUAAUAUUUAAUUAUUUCUUUACAUGUUUUGCAAGAAAAUGCAAGCGCACUGUUUACAAGACCCACUAUGUACAGCAGUUCUUACUGUGUUCUUUGUGAAACCAGUGCUAUAUUCUCUGAUCUGUGGUAUUACCAAAAUUGCAUUGAUUGUGACAGAAGCACUGUUUUCAAUAAACACAUAUAUGCAUAACA